GCCCAAUAAAUUAACGUAAAAGAUAUGACCUCACUCCACUUGGAAAAGUCGUGAAGAACUCUCGAAAACUAGAAAGGAGGUAAACUGAAAUAGUUAGGGUUUCGAAUUCCGUUGACCAUCCACCAUGGCUAUGCAAGCUGGAAUGGGAUUAUCGAGGAUCAUCCUCGUAGUUGGAGCUGGUUAUACGGGAACAAUACUGGUGAAGAACGGUAAAUUAUCAGACGUAUUGGGAGAGCUACAGAAUUUGAUUAAAGGCGCUGAGAAAAGAGGGGAUGCAGAUGGAGACUCCGACUAUUCUGAUGCCAUUGCUACCCAGGUUCGUCGCUUAGCCAUGGAGGUUCGCCAACUGGCCUCAUCUAGGCAAAUUACUGUUCUAAACGGGAACUCUGGCCAAAGUAAUUUGACAUCUCUAAUAGUACCAGCUGCUGCUUUGGGAGCUUUAGGUUAUGGGUACAUGUGGUGGAAGGGUCUUUCAUUCUCAGAUCUGAUGUAUGUAACGAAGCACAACAUGUCAAAUGCUGUUGCAAACUUGACAAAACAUUUGGAUCAUGUCUCUGAAGCUCUUGCAGCAGCAAAAAGGCACCUGACACAGAGAAUAGAGAACUUGGAUGGAAAACUCGAUGAACAAGUAGAGAUUUCAAAACUAAUUAGAAAUGAGGUUGGCGAUGUGCGUGGUGAUCUCUCUCAAAUUGGCUUCGACUUGGAUGAGUUGCAGAGGAUGGUUUCUGGUUUGGAUGGCAAGCUGCAUUCAUUAGAAGAUAAACAGGAGCUUGCAAAUGCUGGGGUGAUGUACCUGUGUGGCAUUGUUAAUGGCAAAAAGAUGAAAAUGCCUGAAAUGCUUCAGGAUCAACUUAAAAUUGCUGGAAGCUCGAUACCAAGCCUAAUGGGUCUCAAAGAUAUUGCUGAUCAUGGAAGUAAGUUAUUGACGGAUGCAAACACAGCACAAAAUGAUUCUGACAAGUUGAAUACAAAAACCUUGAUGAGGACGGCAUCGAAAAAGUGUUGAAAGGCGACAAUAUACAACCAACAAUGUGGAUUUUGCUUGUGGAGGGAGGAAUGUUCAUCCAAUCUCAAAUGUCAUAUUAAUUAAUUAAUUAAUACCCUAUGUGCCACUUUGAUAUUUUACUUUGCCAUGUUUAUAAAUUCCAAAUUUGUGUACUUUGAGAUUUCAAGACCUACAGCACUACCAGCCAUUGUUAAUGUUGGGCUCUAAUAAUUUAGUUUGAAUACCACACUGUCGGUAAACCCGUAAUUUGUUAAUGUGUCUAUAAAUAGUUUGUUUGCCUGAAAUUAUUUUUAACUUUGUCCCAUUUAUAAGGGCUAUAUGAAUUCAGCGGUGGUACUGCUCAAGAUUAAUAAGUUUGUUAAUUUGAUAUUUUUCUGUA